GGAAGAAAAGGAGAAAAAAGGAGGAGGAGGAGGUACAAAAAGGCUCCGCAGUCAUUCAGUCUGUCACACAGACCACACAAGUCAGCGGAUCGUCUAUAUAUUCAAACCUUGUCCUGAGAAAGAGCUGAGAUUUAAGUGAGAAGAAACGUGAUGAAAAGCUUUCUUCUGUAACGUAAAAGAGCGAUCUGAACGGAAUAAAAGGAGCUGGGGACGAUGAGAGGCUUUUGCGGAGUCAAUCACUUGCUUGUCUUGCUGUUGGCUGCUGCUGUGGCAAUGGCUGCGGAGCCAUCCUUCAACUUGGCCAGCGAGAGGAGUUCGAUUGAAAGUACUUAUGAGCUGACCAAAUAUCUGGAGUACCAGCUCAAAGAAAUCAAAGACGUGUAUCUGACGUAUCUGGGCCCACCAUUCAAUGAGAAAGACUUCUCUCCUCCUCGACCCAACAGUACUGCUCUUACUCUGCCUAGUGCUGCCACUCGACUGGAGCUGUGGCAUGGCCUGGAGAACCAAGCCCGGCUUGCCCAGAACCAAAGGGCUUACUCCGUCUUACUUGCAGCUGUCAGAGAGCUGGCCCGCUCAACUCUCUGCCCCUCCCUCAAGACUUCACUGCUGCACUUUUGCACGGGUCUGGAUGGGCUGCUGGGCUCGAUUUCUGCACUGAUGACCACCCUUGGUUACUCGUCUCCUCCUCAGUCUACAAACGUGGGAAUGGAUGCUAGCGAGCUGCAGUACUCACAGAGGGGGGCAGGGGGCGACCAACCAGCUCCACUUAUGAGCCAGAACCUUUACAGAUCCAGAGCUGGAUCAAGAACAGAGUCUGGUCAGCGCAGCAGCCAAAGAAGGGGUGGGACAAAGGUGGUCAGAGGAGAGCGUGAUGAUGGUGCCAGUAUGGACCUGAUGGCAAAAAGGAGAGGUAAAGAGGGCAGGAGAGUGGACAUGACCAUAACUGGAGGAAGGAGCGGUGGAUCAAGGGACAAGGGGAAAGGAGAAAGAGGGAGGAGAGAGAAGAGGGAAGAGCCUGAGAGAAGGAAAAAGGCUGCCACCAAAAAGGAAAUCGGAAAGGUACUGGAAGUGAAUUUGCUGGAGCAAAAGAGAGAGGUGAAAAAAUGGGGGAGAAGUUUGCUGAAUUUCGAAGAGGAUGCAGAGGAGAAAGACGGGCAGCCUGAACUCAGAGUUGAAGUGUCAUAUCUGAGCACAGGAGUAACAAUAAACCAACAAACUAACAACAAUCAAUACAGCUUCAACCUAAAUUCAUAUCAUCCAGACACAAUCAGAGAAGAAGAUAGAUUUAUUCCAGAAAGAAACAAUAAGAAGCAAGAAGAUUUAGAUGCUGCAUCCUCUUCCUCCCAUCAUCAGCAAAAUCGACCUCCUCGCUCCCUCCUCUCCCCGACCCUCCAACCUCCUCUGUCCACAUUCUCCCUCCUGUAUCAGUUUGGAGCAGGUGAGGAGCACACCCUCCUCCCCCAGACUGUUCCUCUUUCUUUACAGAGGGGCACAUCCCUUCUCUCACCCCCCUUGAAUCCACUGUUCUCCUCUUCCAUCACCUCCACCUCUUCACUCCUAUCAGCGCAGCCAACAGUGAAUGAUUUUGCCAGGAAGGUGGAGGGUUUCUGGAUACUGCGAGAGCUGCAGAGCUGGCUGUGGCGAUCAGCAAAGGACUUUAAUCGCCUCAAGAGAAGACUCAGAGGCUGAGACAUUUAGAUGGAACUGGAUGAUGAGACACGCAGAAAUGUAAAAGUACAGUAACAGCAGAAAUCUUUUGUCUCCACAAAGCCUGAGAGAAAGUCAAUUGGGAAAAUAUUAACACAUUUGGGCUCAAGACAUUCAUUCACACCAUACUGGAAUGAGUGAAUCAAGGACUAUUUGGCAGGUCACCAGACUUGCUACUGGAAUAUAACACACACAAAGCCAUCACAUUACUAAUGCUGUCACAUGCCUAACACACAUAGCCGGUCAUUGAGCAGAAAUCACUCAGACGGGGUCUGAGUUACCGGACUUAACGGCUCACAGAUUAACAGAAAUGCCAGUGUAGGUGGUUAUAGACACACAGAGAUGGAGCCAGACCGAGUGACAGGCAGCAAGACAGACAGUGCAGCCAUUGAGUGCAAACCAGUUCAGUGACCUCAGAUGUGUGAAUCAGCAAAUAAUCAUUUUCUCUAAAGGAAGAAGGAAAAUUUUCUGAAUGGGUAUGAGACAAAACGGACUGAAAAAAUGGCCGGAGGGAUGAUUAGGGCGCGGAAGAGGAAAAAGGAAGCUGAGAUAAGGCAUGAGUCAAGGGAUGAGUGCUGGAAAUAACCAGCAGAGGGGUCCUGCUGAGUAAUCUCUUAUCAACUGGUCAGUUACCGUAACUCCACAACAGCCCUACACAUACUGUCAACACACACACACACAGAUUGUGAUAUGUUGUGCCUUAAAGUACCAGCCACUAUUCUGGUGCCUUUAGAUUCAGUGCUUUAAAUUUGUGCAAUUUGUUGAUUAUUUCACUUUAUGAUAAGAAACUUUGACUGCUUUCAAACUUGUGUGUUUAGUAGGUAAGCAAAAUAAAAAUUUAACUCUUGCUUAAACUUACACUUCUAAUUACCUUUAUAAAAUGAGACAGAUAGCUGUUUAGCUGAGUUAAGCAUAAAAACUGUUGAAUAAAGACACAGUUUAGCACAUAAUAUCUAUUUUUUUUAAUCCAGCUGAAGUGUUAAAGAAUCAGUGGAAAAUCCAGUAAAUACUGUCUCUUGGAAGGAGUGAUCCAGCUCAUGACCUGAAAAAUGUUCCUUUUGCAUAUGUGGUGAAAGGAAUAUGUAAAACUACAACUUGUAAUAUUUACUUUUUAAAAAAUAAACAUCAGUAUCAUUUUUAGACCUACAUGGGGUGCUGGCAGAUUUUAGCAUUUGGAGAGUGUCAGGCUAGCUUUUCUUCCUCUUUUCAAGCUUCAUUUAUGCUUUUGUAUUGAGGUUAAGUACUGUAGCUGCAGCAGCUGCAUGCAUAGACUGUGUUAACACUCCGUAGCUGAAACAUACCUUAACAGAAAUGUGAAUAUCUUGGCUACAGAGAUACUGCACAGGGCUUGCAAGAAUAGCGACUGGCUAAUAUGGGUUGCUUUUGUUUUCUGUGACAACAUUUUGACGGAGAGUCUGGCCCUCUUCAUAGCUAGCAUUAAAAUAUAUAAUGAGUGAUCAGUUCACAUCUGACUGUGCGCGUGUGUUACAAGUGUCCAUUUGCUUUAUCAAACCUUACUUUGCCACUCUGCAUACAAAUAAAUAUGUGACCUACAGAGUUUCUGCUAGCAAAAAAUCUAAUUUGGCGUCCUGUGCAAAUUAAGUUUGUAAACCUGAAUCUGCCUGAAUCUGAAUUACCCUUUCAAUGUAUUUUUUUACCUGUAUAAUUAACAAAUAUCUAGAUAAAAAACUGUCUAAAAAUAACCAUCCAAAAAACCCAGUAAAGAACCAGUUGAACAGGUGGUUAUUCAGUGAGGCUCUGCUCACGUUUGAGUUCAAACUACUAAAAAGAGGCAUCUUGGCUACAUUCAAACCUGCGCUCAGAGCUGCCUACUUUAGACUGGAUCAGCUUAGAUAUAUGAUCCAAAUGUGAACAGUGAUCACAGUGAUUACAAUAUGAGCAAAGUUGUUUUUUUUUCUGUUUGUUUGUUUGUUUUUUUUGUCCAGCCUUUUGUUUUUUUUGCUAUCAAAAUGCUGAACUAUUUCUUUAAGCAACAUCACAUUCUUCAGAACAAAGAUCCAAGACACUGCACUUCACCCCAUAAUGAGUACAAAGGUUUCUUUUUCUGAAUAAAUCUGUUGAUAAGUGUUUGAAAUGUGCCUUAGAUGACAUGAUGAAAGGUUAUGGAUCAUAUCAACACUAUUUAUUGAGCAAGAUAUUUAUUUAUUUCUUUUUGUCCAGUGUGUGAAAAUACUGUAUUGUAACUCGAGAGAGAAU